UUUUAUGUUAAGAUACAAACCGAAAGUCUUCCUUUAAGUUGUUAAAGAAGAAAAAAGGUGUGACCAUUUAAACUAAGGAGUUCGAGAAGGAAAAUAAACACCUUAACAUCCGCCAAGUCAAGUGACAGGAAGAAGUUACGAAUCAAAUCUCAUUUCAAGUUAAGCAAGCAAACGUUUCACACAUCAUUCAGUUGUGGACAUGGAAGGUUUAAUCGGCGUCGUAGUCUUGGCAUUCUUAGUGUCUUCUGUUGCUGGCCACUCACUGCCACAACUGUUAACUGGAUGUCCAAAUGGCUGGAUAGCGUACGAGGGGUCGUGCUACCUAUUUAACAACAAGGAUAUGAUGUCUUUCGCCGUGGCUGAGGAAUUUUGCAGUCAGAAAGGUGGACAUGUUGUUCAUAUUGAUGACGAGGAGGAGAAUAACUUCAUCAAGGAUGCGGCCAGAGAGUACCCAUCAGAUUCAUUAAAACUUUGGUGGAUCGGAAUACAAGACAUGGUUGAUGGAGAUUGGAGGUACACGUCCGAUGACUCGCGUGUCACAUUCUUUGACUGGGAACCAAGCCAACCAGAUGAGGGUUCAAAUGCUGAUUGUGGUGUUUUAUGGGCAAACAAAGACUACAAAUGGGGAGACCAUCGCUGUGUUGAUGUAGGCUCAUACAAGGUCUACGCCAUUUGUGAAGCUAGGUACAUGAAGAGCUACUUGCUUCAGUAAAACUGGAACUGCUGUCCGAUUAAGUGUGUAACAAAAGGCUGUUUAUAUUCUUAAAAAUCGAUUAUAAUUUAUCACAAAAAGUGCAUCAAUUGCUUUGUUGCAAACACUUAUACUGAAAGUUUUAUUUUCUAAAUAAAUCGCAUUUGUUUUCUGUCAUGAAAGUAACUUUAACUAUUAAUACAAUAUAUAUUCUUGUAAUUAAUAAAUUAACAGAAUGUUGAUACAACAUUUUGUAUAUGUCAUUCAGUGGUACAUGUUAAGCAAAACAAUAUAUUAUUCAUCAACAUACACACAAUAGUUUUUAAGCAAGACAGUAAUGGUUUAUGAGACACUGAUACUGUAUACGCCAACUCGUUUCUGUAAAAAUGUGUAAACCACUCAUUAUUGAACUUUAAGAUGCAGAUUUCCUUUUUGCGUCAUGAAUUCAGACAAGUAUUUUAAACAUAUGUAUUAAUAUAUCUGUAACAGAGGGAAGUUGAAAUGUCUCUGUAUAUACGUUAGAUGGGAAAACGUCCUCUAUCUGGCUUUCUUAGGUUUUAUACUUGAAUCAUGGCAGACCCAGAUAAGUUGUGGUCCAUGGAUAUGUUUGAUGACACUAUUCUAUAUAUAUUUAUAUAUACAACUAUAACCGGAUGAGGUUAUAUAAAGUUUUGAAGCAAUCUAGAAUUAAAGAGUUUUACAGUUA